GCCGUCUUCACAGAACAUUCUCUUUUGUUUAUUUUACAUUGUGAUGGGGACUGGUGCUGCGCAUCGGGAUACGCAGACCCACCCACAUCACCGUCGCUUACCGCCGCCGCAGCACCUUCUUCUUUGUUCACCGUACAUAUUUAAUCCAACGCCGUUGCCGUGGCAGCUGGCGGUAGCUGUCGCUGCUCACCUGCUCUCUCACACUCUCGUCUCCGUUUGCUUCCCCUUUGCGUAGUCCAGCUUUACCGUGGGAACGGAUUGCAUCGACUGCUCUUGCGUCGUUUAUCGCUGCCAUUAAUCCAACCGCCAAAACAGUUGAAGCAGCGAAAGACACGGAUACCUCUGUCUCGGCCCCCCACCACCACCACCGCCCCUCCUCUUCAUGCGUGUUGACGUGUCAAUGCAGCUGGCCGAGUUGGCUCAUCGGGGACAGUGGUGGCGUUGUCUUGAUGUUCUACAGCAACUCGUCGCCGCAAAAGGCGCUGGUGCGACACACGCUGUGCUGCAGCAGCCCUCUGUGCUGCGUCGUGUUGUGCAGCCGACGUGGUCCGAUGGGAAGCAGGACCGAUGGAGGAGAACCGCCGCCGUGUUGGUGCUGUGUGGACAGGCUCUGCAUGCAACUCCCACUUCUUCUCGAACAUUCAAUCAUAUCGCCGUCGGCAGCAGUGAUGGUGGUGCGAAGGCAGCAGCGCCAUCGCAUGAACCUACGUGGAACGGAACAACACAAGAUGAAAAGGCCCGUAUGCGGACCUCGUCAGCGCCGCUCGCUGGUGAAGCAUCCGCAGCGACGACGUCCGAUCCUCCGACUAGCGAAUUUGAUCUCUUACCUCCGCAGCUCCGUGAGUGGAAGCUGCUCGUCACAUCGCUGCUGCAGUCUUACGUUUCGCUGGCGACGGAUGCGGCAGGUACGUACGGCGACGAGCAAAACCCGCGUGCGACGUGUUCUCCAACGUCACCCUUGGCAGCGCCGUCGAAGGAUCCGGACGGAGUCAACGGUGGAGAGGAGACGGUGCGUGCCGCGGUGAGGGAGAUCUGUACCUGGGCAGCGACGGUACAGCUUGGUGUCGACGGCGCGCUGCUGUCCGCCGCUCGUGCAAAGGCGGAGAUUGAAUUCAGCGGCGCGCAGCAGCAGCAGACUCACACCCGAAGGGAAAAGGAUGAUGUCGGAUCCACUGCUGCUGAAGAUGGAGGCCAACUGCAGAGCAGCGAAGCAUCCUCUUCACGUCCUCCUGUCGUUGGGGACCGACACGGUAUGGCACACACGGAGUGCUCCCUCGCAGAGGCUUCCCCUUCUCGAAUGGCUCACCGUCUCGCCUCGGCCUGGAAAAGAGCCACGGCGCUGCCCUCCGUCGUCUCGUCCGCGCCGCCGCCGCUUCGAGCCCUCCACGGCGAGGCGACGAUCCGCGAGGGGUUCGAAGAAGCGGUGGCGCAGCUGCAUACAAGCGAAGAUGCGACGACGAGUGCGGAGUUCGUGCUGUCGAAGCAGCGCACCCUCGCGCACUUGGUGUGGCAGCGCGCAGCGGGGAUGGUCGAGCCGCACCAUCGCGGCGGUGGCGCCGUCUCUGUCGAGCAGCACCUCGCUCUUUUCCUUGCGUUGUCGGAAGAGGUGCUGAAGGCGUUGGAGAGGGCAGCAACAGCGGCGCCGUUUCGAGACGGCGCUGCGAGCAGCGAAGAUCAACAGCGUGCGUUUCGAGAGAGUGCGGUGGUGGUGUCAGCGUCGGAGUUGGCCACGUUGUCAUGGAGUGGCAGCAGGACGUGCGUAGAUGUGUCAGAGGUGGAGAAGGGCAGCAGCAGCAGCAGCAGCAGCGUUUUCGCUUUGGCAGAGUGUAAGCUCCGCACGCUCCGCGCAGUUCGGCACUUGAGUCGCGCGGUAUCGCGGCUGUUUGCGAAUCAGGCGUCCAGCACACAAGCCACAACAGCAGCAGCGGCGCCAUCUCCAUUGUCCUCCUCUUCUUUUCCAGCAAGCGGACAUGGAAGUCGCUGGCUUGCCAAUAGAAUCGCCGAGUUGCAGCAAGGCGGCGACGCGGACACCAACAACCAUUUCUAUCCUUACGAGGUGUUCCUCCUUCGCACGCUGGUGAGCGCGGGGGGUGCUCUUUAUAGUGGAAAUAAGUGGAAGGAUAACACACCAGAUUCGUCGUCGCAGGUUGAGGCGGCGGUGCGGUUGACCAUUACGGUGGCGGCGGCACCGAGCGCUUCGGCAAGCCUGCUACCCCUCCUACGCGACGCCCUUCAGCUGCCCCUUUUCUCCAAACACAGCGGCGGCGCCGGUGUCAGCUCCGCCAGCCGAUGGAGCAGCACUAGUAGUAACAGCAGCCGCGCGCGCUCUCCGCCUUCAAUGAUGUCGCCCACCUUUGUCUGUUGGGUGUUAGACAGCUGCCCAGCACGGUUGUCCUACGCACUCCUCACCGGCGCGCUGCGCAAGGAGGAUGCGGAGAGCUCGUCUGCCACCCCGCUGUCACCGAUAGAGUUAGCGAACCUUGCGUCGGUGGUGCAUGCGUUGAGCAGCGGUUUGAACAGCUACCGACGCAGCAGCCAUUGCACGCGAUGCAUCACCACGGAUAGAAGCCACAAAGGAAAAGGCAGCGAAGAAGACCUCUCCUCUGCCGUGGCAACGAAGCACGGCUCGUCUCCGCAAAGCUUUCUGUCCGGUGAUGCCGCGUGCGGGUCCGUCCCGUUCCUCGCACGCAUCUUUGACUCGAUGGAUGCCGCCUCCCUCGUGGUGUUUGGGCAGCAGCUCUUGAAUGUCGGCGCGGGGCGCCAUCUAGAAGACUCCCCUGCACUAGCGGUGCAUCCCUUGCAAGAAUCUACGAGCACGGAAGGCGGCUCCUACGGAGUAUUGAAUCACGUCAUCGCCUCUAUAGCGGACCUGGAGACGCGCGGCGUCGUCGCGCAGGCGCUGCUGCACCACGUCUGCAGGGCGGCCCCUCCUUCGAUGACGUCGUCAUCGCCACUGCAGAACGGCCGGCAAACCACAACGCAGCUGCCGCCGCAACAGCAGCUGGCUUCCGUGAUGGGUGUACUGAUGGAGUCCUUGCUGUCGAACCCGGCGAGUAGUCCACGGACGGCUGCAAGCUGCGCACAGCACUGCCUGCAUGCACUCACGCAAUGGGCAGCGGAAGACCGCCUUGGCACGCGCGAAUCAUACGAUGAGCGCCGUGUGCUGUACAGCGCUGUUCGCCAGUGGUUUACGUCGAGUACGCAGCUUUAUUUGUUCCACCACGCGCGGCUGUUCCUGGAGGCUGCCACGGCGAGCGACGACGCAUCCCUCGCGCAGAGGGAACCGAAAGGCGGCGCCAUUCAAGCUUCAGCGGCGCAGCAGUGUGCCGCUUGGUUUAACGAUCAGCUCUUGCACCUCGCCUCACACGCGUCGUCUUCCUCGGAGAAGGGGCUAUGGCGGUACCCGCAGCAGCAGCAGCAGCAACACAAAGAGCUGAUGCAACUCUGCAGCGCCACAGCGCGUCAAAUUACUGGCCUCUGUCGUCUCGUAUCCUACCAGCUGCAGCUGCUCCGCGAGGGACCCAGUGCACUCACGCCGCCGUCCGCCGUCGCGCCUCUCUCCCCUUCCUCCGCAAGACACAAUGACGUCAGCAUCGACAACACCACAAAAAUGCAGGCGGUGUGUGCAGCGGCGUACAACGCUGAUUACGACUCCGUAGGGGUAGCCUACCUGUGUCAUCUCGCCGUGGCGUCGUCCGCACGCACAGCCGGCAACGUAGCCGUGCACGCACCGUCGACGAUCAUCACGGCGCCACCAUCGUUCAUCUGCGCGUUUCUUCAGCGAAGCGACACCUUUGCGGCCUCUUCGGCUGCGUUUUCCGCCACUCGCGGUUCCCUGUUGACGCUACGCUCCGCCACCCCGGCCGAUCGGCAGGAAGGCCCGCUGAAUGCCUUGCAACUGCACCACGGCAGACCGUUGUCUGCCACGCAGCAUGAGCAGCUCGGGCGCGCCAUGCAGGACUUCUCGCACCACCGCCGCGUCCACGAUGCUGUUGCGCUCUUCUACUCGUACGAGCGUCAGGACCGACGACUGGAGUUGGCAGAAGUGGAACUGUUUGCCGAGACCGCGAAGCGUGCGACGACUCCCUUCCUAGUCCGACUGCUGACCUACGUGCCACCGCCCUGUGAGAGCGCGGCGCUGGCCACCGCCAUCGUCGCCGGUGCCUGGAAAGGCUAUCAGCGGGCGUGGCGGCGCUACAGACAAGAAGGGAGCACAGCUCCGCGCUCCACGAGCCGCCAGGCGCAGCCGCACCUCUCUUCGUCCUCGUCCCUCCCCGCCUCCGCCUCCGCCGCUUCCGUGAGGGAGGCGGACGCAGCUGCGACACCUCACCUUUCGUCCGUGAGCUCGCGUUGGCAUCAACGUCAGGCUGUCGAGCAGGCCUGGUACGAGGCGCUCGCCAUCGCGCUGCAGGCAAUCGAGCUGCUGCCCACAUCGCCCCACGCGGCGCUAAACCAAAGCGCGCAGCACGCUCUUGUGCGUACGUUGUACCGACUUCUACUGGCACAACCGCAGUGGAUCGCCCACUCCCCUCGCACGGGAAUGACGGGAGGGAGAUCUACGCUGCCGCUACGCACAGCUGUUUUGAUGAACAUGUUGUUGCUGUCGCCGUCACCACCGCUGGCGCACCGUCUCAUGAUAGGGGAAUGGAUGCAGCGCACCGUCGACGAGCUGCGGAAGACCCUGGACUUCUGCGAGGUGCACCACGACGCGGCGACGACGGUACGCGCGUAUCUGCAUUUUGUGGGCACGCACACCGCGGCGGCUUCUCCCAAUGCAUCACCUUCUCCUACCUCUCGUGUGAUUAACGGAGCGGUGGAUGACGGCGUGGCUUCCACUCUCGUGCCGCUGCUGCCGGUGGACACCUACGUCUCACUGCUUUCGCUGUCCAGCACACACGUCACGACGUCCGAGGGGUCGCUGCCGGGUUGGUCCGCCGCGCUCCACGCCGGUUCGGCGGCCGCCGAAGAUGGAGAGCACGUGCACCACGCGCGCACUCCACCGCCACCGACAUCGUCGGCGCACGCGACUCCCCGCAGCGCCGACGUCCAACGAGAGCAACAGCAUCGUCGGCAACAGCCAAUAGAAGAGGAGAGUGACAUGGAGCAGCUGUGUCGCCUGCGAGCAACAAUGGAGGAGAACGCAGACGAAGGAGAACGGCGCACGACCCCACCCACGCCCACAACCGGAACGUUUGGGGACGCAAUCCAUACACGGGACAGCGAUUCAGCGAAAUUGGAUGAGGAGGAGAUGGCAAAGGCGGACGACGGACACACCACGUCAGCAGCAGCAGCAGCGAUGGCGGCUUCGGCGCUGCGCCGCUCCCACGCAUUUGAGGCGAACGGCGCUGCGGUCUUUCAAUUCGUUGCCGUGACACUGCCGUCCUCGUUGCGUCGUCGAGUCGAGGGCGACGAUUCGCUGCUGCCGCUCGUUACGGUGCUGCACGACGCGCUACGGUGGUGUCGACUGAAACCACGACAGGUGUCCCACCACGCGGACGUGCCGGACAUCUCCAGCAGCCGCGACAACGACGGUUUCUGGGUUGAUGGCGCGUGGGCAGGUGAAGACGCGGCAGAGGACUCGAUGACGGCGGGCGCGGAUGUGCUAAUACGACUUCUCUGCUCCGCGCUGCAUCUUGAGUCGUCGGAAGUGUAUGCUGCUUCUUUGGAUGCCCUCCCCGGCGCAUCUCGACAGCAGGGUGGCAGCAACGACAGCACGGGUACCUCGUGUUUGUUGACGGGAACGUUGCUGCCGCUCUCGUCUCCUCCAUCAACUCGCAGAAUUACGUGCUGCGUGUGUACGUGCCGGUCGCCUCACGAGCCGGCCUCGUGGAAGCUCAUGCGCCACGCCGACGUUCUCUUGGAGUACGCCCUCUGUUACCUGCGGGAACUGCACGCGUUAGAGCACGGCGUGCUGUGGAUCUCACCCGCGCAGCAGCAACGGGCCGACGCGGCGAUGGUGGAGUGCCUCCAGGUGAUAACAGCGGUGAUGGAGGCCGUCGAUGUGUGGGCGGCGGAGCACAAGGUGCAGAUGCUGAACGAGCGCGGAUGCUCAAGCGUCGCCGCCGCGUCCACCGCACAGCACGCCACGACGAUCCAGUCAAAUGGCGGAGAUGCCGGCGCAGCCGAAGACGUCACCGACGCCCUUCGUGUGCGACUGCGCGGUACCCCGUUGGACUUGCUAAAGCAGCUCCUCCCUGUCCACGACUCGAUGGGUGAAGUCGGGUCAGGCGUGCAUCCGCAGGCCGUACACGACCUCACGUGCGUGGUGCGAGGCGACGUGGCGGCGUUCGAAAAGUGUAGUCCGGCCCAUCCUUUCAUGCGCCAGCUGUGUGGCAGUGCUGGGAGUGGCCCGCGACAGUUCAACGCACCAAUCUCUGCUGACCCGCUGCACGAGCUUGUGCGGGCCAUCACGCAAGGUCACUUCUCCGUCUUGACCGCGUUUAUAGAAGAUGUGGCGUUCGCGGAUGUCGAUGCCGCUGCUGUUCCGACCGAUCGAGCGUGGGUCAGCAAGCGACUGGCUUAUGUGUUGCGCUGUCUCACCGCGAAUCGGGUCGGGGCAACGGACUCGCAAAGCGGCGCGUCAAGCAGCGGCGGCGGCGCUGCACAGGCGCUGGUCGCCCGCGUUGCAGCAGCCGAUGUGACGCUGCGCCGGCUUUCUUCCCAUCUCACGGACCUCGCCUUCACCGUGGAAGCAACAGCAGAGGCAGUCGCGACGUCGACGCAGCUGUCGGUGUCAUUGCUGUUGUCGCAGCUGACUGACGCGGCGCACGAUUCUUUUCAGGCGGCCUUGCUACUCGACGAGUGCUCGGCGUGGUGGAACACGCUGCACCUCGAAAGCUCCGUCGGCAUCUCGACUGUUCGCGGUAUUGCGGACGGCAUCACAGCGAGUUCAACGCACGCGGGCGCGACAAACUGGCUGCUCCUCUAUCACAGCUGCUUGGCCCACGUGCAGCGGGAGACGGCGCGCCUGAGGAAGGUGCUGAGGGACCUGUACACGAGCGUUUGGUGGGGCGACAUUCUGCCACGCGUGCAGGCGCGUUUCGCGGCUUGCGCUGCGCGCUUCUGGUCGGACGAGGGGGUUCGCUUUCACAACCUGUACGUCAGUGUUGCGUUGCAGCACCACAACACGGCAACCGCAUCGGACGAGUACCGGCGAGAUACCGUGCAGUGCGCAUUCGAGAAGCUGCAGCAGGCGUUGGUGCGUCAUCUCCCUUCCACGUUAGCCGCCUAUGAGCGUAGCAAGACGCAGCUAACGCAUCCAUCGGUCGAUAUGGACGAGCUGCUCAACGACCAUGACACGGCAGAGGAGAGGGAAAUUUAUGGAAAGGCACGCAGAGCACUCGAUGUAGAGCGUGCGCUGGUCGAUUACCUUGUGCGGAGCAGCCCACAAUUGAGUCCCACCGCGACACAGCGUGCUCUCAACACGAACCCGUUAACAAGCGUCAGCGCGGAGGUGUUUGAAAAGGCAUUUCAAGCGGCGCUGUCGGGCUUGCCGUGGCAGCACGCCUCGCUGCUGUGGCGUACGGUCCCCUCCUUUCUUGAGAUGGAGGAAGCGGAGGAGGUAGGAGGAGCAGCGGCAGCGCUGGGCCGCGCACCGGUACUCACCGAAGCAAAUCGCGAGUCGCACGGAACGCGUGCAGUGGGCGCGCAGACGACAACUCCUGGUCUUACCUACACACUCCCGCGGACACUGUGGCGGCUGCUCAACGACCUGCGGCAGCUCUCGGCCACCGCCGCGGCGGAGAAGGACAGAAACAACAGCGAGGGCUGUUAUGUGAGUACGGAGAGCGUCCUUUCGUUGGCGCUGCUCUCGCCGGCACCGCUCAUCGUGGACGGUUACCUCGUUCACCCCCUCCUGCGGUACUCUUGCACUUCUCGCAGCGCUGAUGAGGCGGCGAGUCGCGAUGAGACGUGGCUAACGCGCCUCAUCGUCUACGGAAUGGACAAGACGGACGACAGCGGCGCGACUUCGUCUUCUUCCGGCGACUCUUUCUUCAACCCAUCUCACGAUCAGCGGCCGGAGGCGCACGAACGUGGUUCGUUGCCCGUUUCGUACGCCUCGGUGACCUUCGCCACCGCCACUUCCACCAUACCGGCUCCCAACCGAGGAGCAUCGCCGGCUUUUUCUUCCUCGCUGCUCCCGACGUCGCUCUGUCGACGCGUUGCGCCCUCCCUCGUUCUUGCGACGCUGCGUGAUGCCUCCCUCGCGCCAGCGGCUCCUCUGCCGACUUCGAUGGCUACUGCUUCUGCGAUUUCUUCUGCGUUGCAGCCGCCAGCAUCGGCGGCGGUGUCGCGUGAGGCGCUGCUGGUGGAUCUCGAGCAGUUUCUCGGCUACAUCGCACCGGAGGCCUGGCGUGUGGCACUAUUGUGGAUUCAAAACACGCCUUACCCCACGACUCUGUGCAACGAGGCGCACGACGAGGAAGCCGGCUGUGCGGCUACUCGGGCGGUAUCGUCUGUCGAAGUGAGCUCCACCGUGGCGAUGAGGAAGGCGCUGAGUCCGGUGGAGCAGUGCACGCUGCGGCGACUGCGGAGCGCGUUCCUGGCGUGCGGACCGUGGCCUGUGGAGGUGGCGCAGCCGCUGCUGGCGUACGUCAUCGCUCGCCAACGACAGCGCGUCUGCGUCGCUGGCGUGCACACGACUGAAACAACAAGCAGUGGCGGCAGCGGCAACACCGCAGACGCGUUGGUUGUCUUUCCCGAGGCGGAGGACCUCUAUCGGCUGUUUUCCUCGACGACGCACCGUGAGAGUGCCACGGAAGGGCCGUCGUGCGUGAUGGCCUCUGCGUUUGCGCGACCCCCGCUGAUCUGCCCCGUCGUGGCACGCCACGUCGAAGAUGAGAACGAUGUGCAACGAAGGACGGGAAGGGGGAGCUUAAAAGGCGACCCCGACCCAGUCGUCGCCGCGUACUGCGCGUGCGAUGGUGGGUAUCGGCUGCCGUCCUACAUGGAAGGAGGCACUGAUGCUCCUUCUCGAAGAGCGCGUUUCCGCGUUACUUCGCCAUCGACGCCGCCGCCGCUUCCGUCCCUGCUUCGAUGGAGCACCACUUCGAGAAAUGUGGCCUCCCCCUCCGCACGGCAGCUCGUGUCGCAGGCUUCUGCGGAUGCGCAUUUCGCCGAAGCACCGCCGGUUCUGCUGUCGUGGCUGCGGCGACUGUCUCUCGCGCCGUCGCUGCCCGCUUGCGCAAGUCUGGUGUCGAGUCGGCCAUGGAAGGAGGCCGUGCUUGCAUUGCACAGGCGACAGCUGAUGCCGUUGCUGCGAGUGGUGUGGAAGACGCUGUUGAUUCGAAAAGUGGAGCUCGACGCGGCGGUGAAGGAUGCGACAGGUAACUCAACGCGCAGCGUCAAGGAAGAGGCACCGAAAGGAAACGCAUCUGGUUUGACUCCAGAGGAGAUUGCCUGGCGAGAGGUGUGUGCCUCGCUGUUUGCGGUCAUCGCGUGUGCUGCGGCUCGUGUGACAGGGACGGGUACCUCCCAGAAUCGCACAAGAGCGACCGCGAAGAUGCGCCGUGUUGUCCGGCAGCUGACGGAGCUAAGGGAUGAAGUGUGUAUCUUCUGGAUCUGCUCGCUGCUCGAGCACGCCCUCACGCGCUCGCUGGACGCCAAUGUGAGGAAGACGGCACAGACUGACAACGCGGCUUGGGUGAAGAGGGAGGAGGUGGAGGCGCUGUUCCGCAGCUCCAUGGCGGCCUACUUUGAAACGUCCAACUCUGCUGUGAGAGGUCGCGCAGGAAACUUGCAGGAGCACCUGCGCGACGCCCAGUGGAUGCUCAGCUGGCAGAAAGACGGGCCCCACGAUGCAGCAGCGGCAGCGAAGCCGCACACACAGUCUUCUCCAACCGCCGAGACAGAAGUCGCGCUGAAGGCGCUGCUUACAGAAGCUUGCCAGCAGAUGCAACGUGCCGCGAAGGAGCUCGUGGCAGACGAAGCCGUCGUUGACGAGACACGGCGCGCGGCAGCAGUGCGGUGGCUGUUGUGGCCGCCCGCCGUGUGGGAGGUGUGGAGAGCUGCGCAGUCGCCAGUGAAAGGCAGCACGUCGACCUUACCUCUGCACAACCCACUGCUCGUAGUGGCGUUGCUGCGUGCAUGGCAUCGCGGUCGACAUGACCAGCGCGAUCAAGAGCAACCACCGCGUGGUUCUGCUGUCGCGAACCUGGUGACGGUGUACGCUGAAGCCAUCGCCGUGCUCGACGCAGCGGAGGAAACGACAAGAGGAGAAGAAGAAAGGCAGCGGGUGACGUCUGCGGGGAUCGGAAAGUGGUCUCUCAUGCACGUUUGGCAGCACAUCGAUGCGUACGUGCACACGGGCUGCGUGUAUGUACGGGGAACGGCAACGGAGCAGCCGGUCAGCUGCGGCGCGGUGGUGGGGGGUGUCUCGGUUGUGAUGGAGGCCUUUCUGCAGCUUAUCUCCACGGAAGACGCCCGCCUGCGACGUCGUCGUGAUUCCGCGGCGUCAGCAUCGCAGGCGGCGGCGUCGCCCACCGCGUCGGACUCGCUGGCCCUCAAGGCGGUUCUUCGGCGUUUGCGACCGCAUCUGCUGGAGGAGGAGGAAGAAGUGGAAGACGAAACCGUCACAGCAGCAGCCCCGACUUCCGCCGUUGCCGUGUUUCCACGUCUCAUGAGGGGGGCGACGCACCCGUGGAGCGCCUACCUCCCUCGGCCUCACGGGCAACAAGACGCCGCGCCCCACGUGCACAGCUACGGGGAGGACGACUGUCAUCGACAGCGACCGCCACUCGCGCUAGCCGCCACUCCGUGGCACACCCUUCUACACGUCCUGCAUCUGUGCACGGCUGGCCUGCUCGACCGCAGCGCGCACAGACGGGCGCGACGGGCAGUCCCGACGGCAGCCGCCAUGGCGUGCGUCGCACAGAAGCUUGCGUCGCUGCGUCAGCUUCAGACCGAACUCGAGAGGAGCGGAUUUGAUCACCGCGGCUCGGUGCACGACUCUGCAUCGACAACGCCACCGCUGCUAUCCUUCGAAGACGGUCAACGGAUUCUGUGCUGGCAGCUGCGACGGCUUCAGCAGAUCCGCACCCACGAGAACGCGCUCGGCUGGACCGUGGAGCAGCAGCGCCAGUGUCAACGCGCACAGCAGCACCUGCGGGCUUCCGUCACCUGCGUUGCGUCGUUGGUGCACGUUCGCCAAGCAGCAUCAGCGAGCAGGCAGCGGUCUGCAUUCAAAACGGCUCGCUACAACGCGGUGGAGGCGGCUACGGCAGCAUGUUUCUACCCCCAUCUGGAGAUAGCUCUUCCGCUGACUACAACCACACCGCACCGCAGCAGCCUCGGUGCAGACGCAGGCCGGUCGGGUGCGGUGGCGGACGGGGACGUACGCGACGAAGAGGAAGAAGUUGUGACGACGUUUUCGACGCACAAACGCGUAGCGGGGGUUGCCUCCAUAGCAGCAGCGUCGGCAUCGUCUGGUGUCAUUCGAGAUGAAGCAUCCGCCACUGCUCUACUGAGCAGGGUCCGUCCCUUCCUGCACCUCUGCACUUCAGCGGAGAGUCCCGCCGCCGAGAAAGACCGCGUGGCGUCCUCUUACCGGGCUUCGAACGCGCAGCUGCAGGCGGACUACGCGGUCCUGCACGCCUAUCUCGCAGCCGUGCUGGGCGGCGUUGCACAGCGCCGGCGGCACAGCGAUCCAACACUGCUGCUCGAUUACAUCACCGGAGCGGAAUCAACGCGUGUGCUGCACGAGGUGAAGCACUCCCCCGCCGAGGUUGUGGCGGCGCUAACACGAGUUCUCAUGCACCUUGUGCACCUUCUCUCCGUGGAUCCGUUGGAGCUCACGGCAGGGGAGAGAAGCGCCAUUGCCGAGGCGGGACUUCGUCUUUGUGUGGCGCUGCAGCCGUGGAUGCCAGUGCAUCGCCGACUUGAAUCUCUCAUGUCGCUCUGCCAGCUUACCGACGCCUCUCUGGUGUUGGCGCUGUGUGUGGUAGACGCAGCAGCAGCCGCAGCUCCGCACCAGCUGAGUGAUGCAACGCAAUCUACUUCCUUCACCGUGAGAGCGAAGAAUGUUGCGAUGCAGCUGGCGUCGUGCGUGGUGGACGACCUUGUGCAGCACCGACAGGCGGAAUCGCUGUCCAGCCGCGGCAUCGCGAUACUCGGUGUGCUGCAUCAACGCCUCGCACACGUCGCGCAUACAGCUGCGCGCCCAGUCACCACGAGCCGACAUAAUCAGGUUCACAACGCUGGCGACCCACCCGCCCAUGCGCAGAUGUCGGUAGACGGAACGAAGCUGCUGCGGCGCGUGCUGCACUCCUGCGCUGUCCUGAGUGAGCGAGAAGCCGCCGAGGUGCACCAGGCAUGGCGCUCCUACACGUGCGACAAGGCAGCGGCAGCGGCAGCGCGGGUGAGCGAAGCGGGUGUGCCCGACGUCGCCUUCUGCGGCGUGGAUGUCAUCCGGGGGCUCUACGCGGGCGCGCUCGAUGUGGUGCGCAGCGGCGGCGGUGCGGCAGCGGCGCAGAUCAACGGAGAGGUCUUUGCCUGCGCCGUGCGUUGGCGGACGUGGUGGGCGGCGAACGAGUACACGACGGGCGGCACAACGCCUUCAACGUUCGCCGCGGUGGCACACAUCCACGUCUUGGAAGAUCUUCUGUGCCUUGUGCUGCUUCACCAAUCUGGCAACGCCAUCCACCGCAGUGCGCACCGUGCGUGCGGUGAGAUCUAUGCGAAGUAUGUCACGAUGCGGAAAAUCUGUGGGGCCUCGUGCGACCUCACGAGUGCGGGCGAGUGCAGUCCUGCCGCCGCUGUUGCGCUCCAACUAGCGAUUGCUGCGAUGCUGCUCCCAUCUGCGCAGGUGUCUCCUCGCCAGGAGGAGGAAUCGAAUAGAACGCGAUCUGCGGUAGCGCUUUCGGCUGCGCAUCUCGUUCAGCUGCUCACUGCGGUGCCGCUCCUACGCGAGAAGUUGUGUCAGGCGACAGGUGCCGUACGAGACACAGAAGAUCAUGAGACAUCGCUGCUUACCCUGCGGGUGGACCCGCACGCGGACAUCGAGCGCAUCUCCGCGCACCUUCUUUGGUCAAUGAAGGAACAACAUCACCCGAUGCGCGACGUGAGUGGCAGUGCAUCCACGACGACGACGACGCAAGACUUUCCUCGCUCUCCUCUGCUGGGUCGCUGGGAGGCGAUGGUAACCCCGCUGCGUGCGCUACGCACCGCCGCAGCAGCUUUUCACGGGGGAUCCGUCACGGUAGAAGUACGCAGCACGGCUGGCGGGUUAGCGUGCCGGCCGGUUGGACGCCGCACCGGUCCAACGCUGAAUGCUGCUCGCCAGCGCCUGCCGUGCUCCUUUGCGCCGGCCCAUUACCAGACGCUACGCAGCCUCGUACAUGCAGGCCAGCUGUCGUGCACGCCUCUGCCGGUUGUGUUGCACGAGCUGCUGCUGCCACUGCUCGUGUUGGAAACCAAAGCGAUGAGCCGGACCGAAGGCGGUGGUGAGGCGUACCGACGACUUGCGAAGCGGCACGCGCUGCUACGCGAGGUCGCCCGCCACCUCGCCGCGCACCCCGCCUUGUACUGCAGGAACAUCACUGCUCCAGGAAUGAAAAAGGAGCCGUUUGCUUCGCCGCUCACACCCGCGAUCGAGGCCGCGGCUCGCACCACCGUCACCGCCGCCGACAUGUUGACUUCCACUCCAGAUAUCGCCGCCGCACACCCCGAUCUGCGCGGGUGGCCAGUCGCUCUGCUGCUGCUGAAGGUACUGGCGCGACUGGACGAGCUGCUGGCGGUUCGCACCGCCGGUUUUGCGCGGCACGCAGACCCCAAUGCGCCCGCCUCACGUUCUUCUGUGUCCUUCAAUGCCGGUUCCGCGAACGCCUUCGCCUCGCGCUACGCCGCCUCGCUGGCGCAGCGGGGACGCUUCCUGGAGGACUACCUGGCAUUUGCGCUGGUGGCGCGCCACUACACAGCUGGCUGGGAGCAGGUGAACGCCCCAUCUAACACGCACGCUUCUUCCUCUUCUAUCUCCUCUAUGGACGCCGGCAACGAGGUGAGUCGUCGUCGUGGCGAUGUUGAUCACCGUAAUGAUCUCGUUGGUGCGUUCGGUGCUUUGGAUUGGGCACCGCUACCGCACGCGUUGGCCGUCGCCGCCGCCCCCACCUCUGUCGGCGCCCUCGUCGCGCUGUUCCGACAGCCCGCUGCGCCACCGCACGUCUGGCCUCGCGUACAGGAGAGAGAAGGGCCAAAGGUGGGUGGCGACGAGGUGACGACCUCCGCUGCGAGAGAGGUGCGCGAGGCAGGGGCAGCGGCCGAAGGAGUCGUCGUCGUCGUUCCCGCCGUGACGGAGGCGGAGAUGCAGGAGCUGCAGCGUCUCGACCGUCUCCUUGCGGCGUCAACGUAG